AUAGAAAAGAAAAGGAAAUUGAAUGAGAAUCCCUCCCUGUCUGCCACAAUCACCAUCCCAUUUGCAUUUCAAUUUCAUUUCCUUCUCGAUCUUUCCGUCCAUCGACAGAGCCACAUUCUCAAUUUCUCUUCGCAGAUCCAAAAUCAUUGAUCCGAGAUGAGCACCGGCGACCUUCUCAACAUCGACCCUCUCGAACUUAAGUUCUUCUUUGAGCUGAAGAAGCAGAUCUCAUGUACUCUUCAAUUGUCAAAUAAGACCGACAGCUAUGUAGCUUUCAAGGUGAAAACGACAAAUCCCAAGAAGUAUUGUGUUCGUCCAAACACUGGAAUUGUCUCGCCACGAUCAACGUGUGAUGUUAUAGUUACGAUGCAAGCGCAAAAGGAAGCUCCAGCUGAUAUGCAAUGCAAGGAUAAGUUUCUUCUUCAGAGCGUAAAAACACCUGAUGGAGCCACCCCAAAGGAUAUCACUGCAGAAAUGUUCAACAAGGAAGCAGGGCAUGUGGUUGAGGAGUGCAAAUUGAGAGUGCUGUAUAUUCCUCCACCACAGCCUCCAUCUCCAGUCCCAGAAGGUUCCGAGGAAGGGUCAUCACCUAGAGCUUCUGUUUCCGAAAAUGGAAACUUCAAUGGUGCUGACUCCACGACGGUAACAAGAGCAUUUACUGAACGACUUGAGGGUCCAGAAAAAUCUGCAGAGGCAAAAGUUCUUAUCUCAAGGUUGUCUGAAGAGAAGAAUAAUGCAAUUCUACAAAAUAACAAGCUUCGUCAGGAACUGGAUCUGCUCAGACGUGAAAGCAACAAAAAUCGUGGGGGUGUCUCUAUGGUCAUUGUCAUAUUAAUUGGCUUACUUGGCAUAUUUAUGGGGUAUCUCAUGAAGAGGACCUAAGUAUUUUCCAGAUUUGAUCCUUCGCCAUACAGUUUGAUCUUAGUUUUCUUGUUGUUCCUGACUAUUCAAGUAAUGAUGACGAGAGGCAAAAUAGAUUAAUUCAGCAGGUGUUGUUUUUUGUUGGGGUGGGGUCGAUAAUAUGGACGUAGAAGAAACAUUAGUUGAAAGUGUGGGUCAACGGUUUCUUGAAGAGCAGAUUACUGUGUACUGACUCAUGCUUUCGGUGACAUGCAUUCUUUUUUGUAACUUUAAGGGAAAUUUGAUUUCCGUGGUUCAUCCAGUGACUGUUUGGAAAUGUCAACAAUGACCACUAAUAGCAUGCAUAUUAAGAAUAUGGUAUGGGACAUUGUGUUUACUGUUCAUGAGAAGAAUAUUACUUUGUAGUUAGAUUUCUAAAAGGCAGAUAAAAGCUCAUUAUUUGACUUUGGUCAUCACAUUAUCGAGCACAUGUAUGGUCUGGGUUAUUUCCGAGGAAAUGAUCAUUUUUUUAAGAAAAAAAGACUUU